AUGGAGACCUGGGUUUCAUCCCAAGCACUACAGGAAUCGCUCAUCGUGGCCCAUUCGCUCAUCGUGGCCCAGAACUGUGAUUACAGCGCUCAGAGUGGAGAAGGGAGCUGGCGGUGGCUAUGGUCCUGCUGCUGCUGCUGCUGCUGCUGCUGCCACCGGCAUCCCUGCAAGCUGUUCAAGAACAGGCUCAUCCUGAACUGGACACAGGGUCAGACGUCCGGCAGCCUCAGGAUCCUGAACCUCAGGAAGGAGGACGAGAGCACGUACUUUUGCAGAGUGCAGCUGUACACACGGACUGCAGGCUGGCAGAAGUGGCAGUCAAUCGAUGGGACCACACUCAACAUCACCCACGAUGAGAAAACUACCGUGCAGAGCACCCAGACCCCAACCUGUUCAGUCACCACGGCAGCCCGCGAGGUGACCACAGAAGGCCAGGAGGGCGGGGGGCCUUGGCCCCUGAGUCCGGGAGCCGUAGCUGGUGUGGCAGUGGCCGUCGCUGUGCUUGUGACAGGGAUUUUGGCAUUGUUGCUCGUGCUUAAGUGGAAGAGAAAAAAAGGCCGGCAAGCAAAACCUGACACCCCAGCCGCAGAACUUUCCCGAAACACUGGGCAAUAUGAUAAUAUUGGACAUAAAGGACAAGAUCAGAACCCCAAGCACAAGCCCAAGGAUGAUGGCGUUGUGUAUGCCUCUCUGGCCCUGUCCACGUCAAGCUCAGCGGGACAGCCUCCAAGCACCCCUGCCCAUGGGACACCCCAGGAAGACACUGUAUACUCUCUGGUAAAGGGCAAGUGAGUGGGACUGAGUGACACUCUUAGGGUCAUCCAUGUUCCUUUCUGCUACUUCCCAUAACCUCCAAGGCCAGAGACAGCCAGCUCACAAGUCAGCAACUCUGAAGGUCACAAAGGAACCUGAGAGAAAAUACUUGUUCCCUUUACAACUUCCCAUCCUGUGCUCAAAACAAGCAACCAAACCACAAAAUUUGCCUCGAUGAAUCUGAGGAAACAGAUGCCUCCUUCAACAUCUGACCAAAAAUUAUCCCAGUAACUGACAUGGAAGACUUUCCCUGUAUCGCUUUUAUCUUAAUUUAAUUUAAUUUAUUUUUUAGUGAUUGUCUUGGACCAUGAAUACAAAGUCCUGAACACUGGUAGCUAGGACCCAAGAUUCAUGUGCAAUCUAAACUAUAAUCUCUCCUUCAUUAUAAAAACUAGCACAAAAAUGGGCUGGAGAGAUGGCUUAGUGGUUAAGCGCUUGCCUGUGAAGCCUGAGGACCCCGCUUCGAGGCUCAAUU